CCGAGGACCCGCUAGAUGUACAGCCAUCACAGUAUUCACCCGCACCCUCCACCAGUGCAGAGAGACACCUCAACGGGACCUAGUUCUAGAAUAGGCUUGGGAUCGCCAUCUGGCUGGUCUCAAGGUUUGGAAAUCCUCCCAACACAAGAACGCGUCGAGGCAGGAGAUGGAGACAGCGUGAUGUUGAUAUGCCAGUUCAAGCUGGACAAAACAGACAUUGGGCCAUUGGAUAUCGAGUGGUCACGCACUCCCAGUGAUCCAGCAGAUUCACCAAUAAUUGUCAUUGACUAUUCGGGGGACAGAACCUAUGAAACACGUCUUGAAGAUAUGGAAGGCCGCGUGCACUUCAGCUCACCAGAUCCCAAAAAUGGUGAUGCUUCACUCAACAUCACCAGGUUGAAAUCCAGUGACUCCGGAAGAUACCAUUGCAAAGUGAAGAAGUCUCCCGGCUCAAAGACCAUAUCAAUCACACUGAAUGUUUUGGUGAGACCAUCCAAGCCAACAUGUUCCGUGGAAGGAAGUCAGGAAAUUGGAAAGGAUAUAAUACUGAAAUGUUCAAGUCAAGGAACUCUCCCAAUUACGUACAUUUGGACCAGAGGGGGAUCUUCAACAUUACUGCCUCCCACCGCAAUUUCAGAUAACACGUUAGGAACUCUGAAAGUGAGAAACGCAUCAACAGAUUACUCUGGCGACUAUAUAUGUGUGGCUAACAAUAGAAUUGCAAGUUCGCAGUGUGUUGUCAAGCUGUUAAUCACUUCCUCAUCAAGCAAUGGUGGGAUGAUAGCGGGAAUCGUUAUAGCAGUACUGCUGUUUUUACUCUUACUGAUCAUCACCAUUUGGUACGUUUUUUGGAGAAAGAAGAAGAAAACCUAUGAGAAGGAGCAGCCUUAUGAAAUAAGAGAGGAUGUUCCUGCACCAAAAAGUCGGGUUUCGACAGCCCGAAGCUACACUGUGGAUUCCCAGCGUUCUUCCCUGGGCUCUAUGUCUCCCUCCAACAUGGAACCCUACAAGAGCCAUUAUGGCCCACUGGCCACCGACGACGUGGAACGCCUGCCCAAUCACAGCCCGAACAUCAACCCUUCGUACAAGGAAAAUUGGCAAUGGUCAGAAGAGAGAUCCCGGGGCUAUAACUCGAUGUCCAUCGUUUGAGGAAGCGGAUCGCAUCUGGAAGGAUCACUGGUGUUAAGGAUCACUCGCAAAUGGUUCAAAACACUUUGGCUCGUGAUUUUCAAAUCAUGCAGUGGACGCGUAGGAGAUGGAAAUAUCUGUCUUUGAGAAUAAGAACUAGCCAAUCAGUACUGUACAAUUGUAAUGUAGAACGCUAACUCAUCUGUAAAUUUUGAUCUUCUUUCUUGUAAAAGUUAUUUUCCUGUAAAGUUGUGGCUCAAAGGAAUGAAAUGUGUCUACCAGUAACUGCUUGGUGCAAUAUGCUCACCAACCAUCACCAUUAAUCCAGGGCAUGUUCCCAACUAAACAGCUUGUAGAAAACCAUCCUUGUGUAGAGCUGAAUCAAUGCCCUGCUCCUCACCAUGCAGCUUCCUGGCACUGAGACCAAAGGGAGUUCUGUCUUUCCCAGCAGCUGAACCCAUCACUUCCUUGCUGGUACAUUAAGGAACAGGAAGAGGCCAUUCAGCCCCUUGAGCUUGCUCCGCCAUUCAGUUCCACCAUGGCUGAUCUACACUUCAACUCCAAUUAGCCACUUCUUACCCCUUAGUUCCCUUACCCAACAAAAAUCGAUCCAUUUCGGCCUUGAAGGUUCCAAUGAACCUUUAGCAUCCACAGCUAUUUCGGGGAGAGAGUUCUAGAUUUCCACUACCCCGCCAUGAAGAAUUGCUUCCUGAUUUUCCUCUUAAAAUUCAAACCAGGUCAUUCAAAAUGAUGUCCCCUUAUUCCUUCACCAGAGGCAAUAGUUCUUGCAAUCUUACCGAAUACCUUUAUCGCUUUAAAUACCUCUGUCAGAUCAUCCAUCAACUUCCUAAACUCAGGGACGUACAAUGUCUGCCCGUCCAGACUUGUUCCCAUGCAUCUGCUGCUCUCGUCCUUCUAGGUGGUAGAGGUCACGGGUUUGGAAGGUGCUGCUGAAGGAGCCUUGAUGAGUUGCUGCAGUGCAUCUUGUAGAUGGUACCCACUGCUGCCAUUAUGCACUUGUAGUGGAGGGAGCGCCAAUCAAUUGAGCUGCUUUGCCCUGCUGUACAUAGCAACUUGCAUAGGAAAACGAGCAAGGGGAUUGAAAUUUAACAUGGAUUGUAUGACCAUAUAGUAAAAAGCAGAUAACCCUGGAUGUGCACAGUGCCAGGACAGACAGAUUAAAGUUUCAGGCAAGCUCCCUGGUUACAAUCUCAAAUGAAGGAACCUUUCCCCAAAUCAGCUGGUCACAGUCCUUGUGUCUUUAUUUUUCCUGCUGCAGCAGGGUCUAGGUUUUCUCUUCUGGAUGCUUAGCUGUAUUAUUUCAAUUAAAUGGUUUUUAAAUUAAA